AAUAAAAAUUUAUGACUUUUAAGAAGUUUGUAAAUGUGCAAUCAUGACACAACAACAACCUAUGUUGCAGUUAAUACACUCAACAACUUCUACAUGCUCACCUCCCCUUUUCAAUCAAUCCAUCAAACCUUAAUUUCCCUUCUCUUCUUAUCACAUUACAUUUUAUAUCGUAGAAACAACACUUUUAGAUCACAAAACCUUUUUGUUUAUUUUUUAUUGUGAAGAAAUUUCAAUUAUGUCUUCCAUUCAGAUGGUAUCGAUUAGCAAAUUUGGUUACCAAAAGCUGAGACAUGAAGUUGGUUGUGAUGAUGAUGAAAGGGAGAGAGUGGUUAAGAGACCAAAGAAUUUGUCAAGGUUUAGAAGGAUUCCUAUGAGGAGAAGGUUUAGGUUAAAAAUACCAAGCUUGAGAAGACUUUGGAAGAUCAAGAAAACCAAGGUGGUGUCUUCCAUGAGAAUUUCUUGUGCUAAAGUGAUGAAAAGAUUCAAAGAUGGACAUGUUCAUUUUGGUGAUCUUUUUGCUGGAAACUACUUGUUCAUGCAAGUUAACCCUUCUUCCCUCAAGUACCUUGCAAAGGAGUUCUCUCUUUCCAAAAUUGCUUAAUGCAUGUUUGGAUUUGCGGUGCGUUUGGCAAAUCACAAUGACACUAUGGGUGUAGUUUUUGCUCAAAUCGCAGCAGUUCAGUAUGAUUCUGUAAAUCUCACUAUCAAUUCAAACAGUGUUUCUUUAUUUUUUUUAUGCACCUUUCUUUAAGAACAUUUUGGUAUUCUUGUCUCUCUGUUUGCUAUAUAGCAAAAGGUUCCCAAUUGUGCAAAAUGUUCUAUUAGGUGUAGCAAUAUUACUUAUGUUUCAUGACUGCAAGGAACUCAGAUCCUUAUAGUUGUUAACCAAAAAUGUUUACCUCUUGGUAAUUAUAAUUUAUUGAUCCAUCAAUUAUAAGUAGACUAUUAAUUAUUC